AUGGAGACACUUCGAUUAAAACCACGGCAACCGGUGGAGGACGAAAUUGAGAAUUGGGACGAUGAUGAUGACUUGGUCCUUGAGGGUCAUGAGUUGUCCUUCCGCAGCUCCCUCACAACCACGACGGGACCCGCAAAUUCUCAUGCCCUGUCGCGGCCUCCGUCUCGUCGCCGUGACUCGACCUCAUCUCAUGUUUCAUUUCGGUCUGAGAUAGAUUCAUGGCAAGGAGAGGAAAAGCAGCUACAUUUACCGGGCGACGAUGAAUCUUCAACCAUGGAUGCCAUUGCUGCUGCUGAGCACGCCGGCAUCCCUUUACCCAAGAAUGUCCCGUCCUCUGCUCUCAUGGGAGGCACUAUUAAGCGACUUGGAGGACGCAAAAUUCGCAAGAUUAUCCAGGAAGACUGGGAAAACGAUCUAGAACUUCCAGAAGCGUCGCAGAGCUUUAGCAUAAAGCCCAAGACUGACACCGAGUUUCCUGACACACUACGCCAGGUUAGCGGAGGCUCAAUACAGACCAGUCCGGUUCGAUCCAUGAAACCGUCGUCAUUUACAGAGAAUCACCGUAGAUUGUCAACGCAGUCCAACACGAGCGCUCUGUCAUCCGCUCUCAAUCUCGAUAAGUUCAAAGACACAGAGGACGACGAAGACUUCUUUGGGGAUGGUGGCGCUACCAUUAAAGUGUCAAAGGGGAGGAUUGCACCUCAACCUGUUUCUUUCAUCACACCCCCCACGCCACAAAAGCCUGAACCGGCCAGAGAACCUGAUGAUGACUUCGAAAAGGACUUGGAAUUGCCGUCUGAUGGAAAACUGAGGCUAUCGACUAGAAGAGAUAUCCCAAAGACACCAUCAUCAAACAUCGACGAUUUGGAUUGGGGUGAGGGGAGUUUGGGCACUCGAUAUGGUGGCACCCGACGAGAUGGUCGGUCCAACCGAAGCUCGUCUGCCUCCGCUCUCAGCCCUAGUAUUUCGAGUUCCAUCACUGCUGAGAGCGAGGAUGAGACUUUUGACGGCCUCGUCCUGCCGUCUGGUCCUUUCAACUUCAAAGAACGUCUGCAACAACGCAAAAAGAGCUUCUCACCAGAGCGCAUCCCCGAGGAAUCAUCGUCACCUAUUCCACCACCCAAGAAGCCUGCACAUGCCGAAAUUGACCGAGAGGACUUUUUCGAUGACCUCGACAUUGGGGAUGGGAAUGUCUUUGGUCCUGGUAAACUGACGCUGCAUCGCAACAUCAAAGUCAAAGAGCAGCAGCCCGCCUCGCCUGCACGGCCCAAGACUGCUGUGUCUUUGACCUUUACAAACAAACCAGCAACACAGACCAGGAUUCCUCGCUUGAGCCAUGAACGCGCCCAUUCGACCUCUUUGGAGCCAGUAUAUGAGUCUGGUAGUUCAACUGCCCCGUCGCGGAGUCGUCGUUCUCAAUCUCGCCUCGGACACUCACACCAGUCUUCUGUGGUCAGUCUUCCUACUCCUACAACAACCUCUCCUGGUCGACAGUUUCCCCUAUCAACGCCGCGAGCGAGGGAAGUUGGUUCCAGGUCAUCGUUUUCCUCUCUCAGAGGUGAAGCACCUACCACUAGUUCCCAGCUCCUGAAACAAAAGAGAUCUCUCCCAGCAGUGCGCGGUCUCACUUCACAGUCGAAACCAAUGUCUCAACGACCAGCAGAUAGACCGCCCUCGAGAACCGAGACGGGUCGACCUCAGUCUGUGUUGAGACCCAAGACACCAGUAGAACGGCAACGCCCGAGCCUUACGGACAGCCCUGCAUCGUUGACGCGGAAACCCCAACCCUUCCUGCCUGCAGGCGCUUCACAGUCUCAGUCGCAUCAUGUCGCCUCCAAGACCCUGCGCCAGUUUCGCCGCCAUGACUCAGACAAUGCAAUCGAUAUUCGACCCUUCUCCAGAUCUUUCUCCAGAACCGGCGCGAGAUCGCCCAGUCCACAUCGAUAUAAGGUUGCCGCUGAUACCUGGGAGCGGCUAAGCAAGCCGAAAAACAAGAAGCACUUUGGCGACGGCCAUGAGCUAGAUGGGUUUGACGAUUUACCAACCUCACGGGAGACAGAGACGCGAUUCAUGAAGCAGCCUCUGGCCAGCGGCACAAAGACAACCAUCCGAAAUAGGCUCUAUCAAAAUAUUCUGCCCGACAGGACAGCAACACCAGCGCCACCGAGUCCGUUUUCCCCAGCAAAGAGUGUGGCGACUCCCCGGUUCGCACGCGACACUGCCGCCAGUCGAAUUGCUCGAGAGACAUCUUUGGCUCACCGUGCACCCAGUCACGGGCCUUUGUCAGCUAUUACUGCUCAACGAGAAGCUGGGGCGCUCACUCCAAAGACGAACUUGAACCAGCAGCCUCAUGUACCACAGUCCACAGUGCGUUCCAAGAAGAAGACGAAGCGUCCGCAGCAAUUAAAGCCACAUCUUAUUGCCAACCUCAACGCCGGCAAGGAGUCCAAACUCGUGAAUGGCAUGUUCUACAAUGCCGAGACCCUUCGCUGGGAAGGCAAUGAGAAUGCCUUGAGCGCAUUUGAUGCCACGGUGACCACCCCGUCAACUACAACUGCCUCAACACAUGUCACUCGUGAAAAAGAGACUUCUACCCCAAGACCAGCCUUGAUUACCAAUUUCAGUGCCACCAAAGGCGUCCAGGUUGUCAGCGGCAUGGUCUUUGACCCUCAAAACAUGUGCUGGCUGAAGAUUGGACAACAAGAUAAGACCAAGUCUGACACAGCUGACACCCUGGAUGGAUUUGAAGCCCUGGACGAUGAAGAUGAUGUCUUCAAAGACAUUCCCGAUCUUGACGAUAAUGCCGCAGAAGAGGAGCGCGGAGAAGGCGGCGGCCGCGUCAGUGACGUUAAGGAUGAUUGGCUGGUCGGUGAAGAGUUUGACGUUGGCCCCGAGUUUGUCAGAAGACAACGUGAGGAAGAAGAAAGGUGGCGGAAGAAGUGCGAGAAAUGGGUUGGCCGUGGGCCACGAGAUCGCGAGAUGUGGCGCUGGACUAUUCGAGAUCUGGUGUCUCAAUUCGACGAGUUGCCCAUGUAG